AUGGGUUGGGAGGUGCUGGAGAAUGUGGAGACAUUAUCGCACCACCGAUAUAUUCGGUUCGAGGUCUCAACUCUUCCGGCCGACCCGAACUGCCUGAACCGGCCCUUGCGAGGGGAUGGCCCACGCUGGGCGCUCAAGCUCCUGGACCGGGACAUAUUUAUGGAGGCAGCAGUGGUAAAGGCUUGGGUGUUGGGUGAUAUUGAAGGCCCUGUUGAUGUCGACGCGGAGGCGGAAAGAAUGGGGAGUACUAUGAUCGAGGUGUGUGACGCGGCCAUGCCACGAGCCGGCCCGAUUCCCCCAAGGCGUGGAGUGUACUGGUGGUCCGCAGAACUUGCGCAUCUGCGCCAGUCGUGCGUUGCUGCAAGACGCCAGUACACUCACUGUCGGAGACGACGGAUUAGAGACGUACCAGAGGAGGAACGGCUAUAUGCUGCAUACUCGGCGGCCGUCAAGCUGCUACAGGGGGCGAUCGCUAGGGCGAAGGAUUUAGCUGAGGAGGAGAUGCUGGAGACUCUAAAUAACGAUCCGUGGGGGAGGCCGUAUAAAAUGGUGAGGCGCAAGCUUCGCCCCUGGACACCCCCGCUAACGCAAAGUCUCCAGCCACAGCUCCGCGAGCAGGUGGUCGGUGCCCUGUUCCCGACGAGGGACGAACACACACCUCCGCCCAUGUUACCUCCCAGGGGGAUGGUAGCAGACGUGGGUGAGGCGCCAGAAGUAACAGAAGGUGAACUGCGGGCAGCGGUGCUACGGCUACGAGCCAAAAACACUGCCCCCGGCCCCGAUGGAGUCCCCGGCCGGGCCUGGGUUCUGGCCUUGGGUCCACUAGAGUCGCGCUUGAGGGCACUCUUCAGCGGCUGCUUGACGCAGGGGCGGUUUCCUCGUGUGUGGAAGUCGGGAAAACUUGUCCUUCUAAGGAAGGAGGGGCGACCGCCGGACUCGCCCUCGGCUUACAGGCCGAUAGUGUUGCUGGACGAGGCCAGUAAGCUGUUGGAGCGCGUGGUGGCUGCUCGUCUCGUCCGGCACCUCGAGGGGCUGGGACCGAACCUCAGUGUCCAUCAGUUCGGUUUCCGUCGGGGCAGGUCCACAAUCGACGCAAUUGCGAGGGUGAAGGCUCUAGCGGAUGAAGCAGUGUCCCGGGGCCAGGCGCUGAGGGGGUUGCCGGGGGUGAGCGUGACCUGUUACGCCGACGAUACCCUGGUAACGGCUCGAGGCAUCAGCUUCAGGGAGGCGUCACUUCUGGCCACAGCGGGAGUAGCGUCGGUCGUGGCUCGGAUUAGGAGGCUGGGGCUGGAAGUUGCUCUAAAUAAAUCAGAGGCCUUGUGUUUUCAUGGGCCUCGGAAAGCCCCUCCGGCGGGUUCCAGCUUAAUGGUGGGGGGAACGUCCAUUGGUGUUAAGUCGACAAUGCGGUACCUAGGCAUAGUCCUUGACAGCCGUUGGACGUUCAAGAAACACUUCGAGGGCCUUGCUCCCAAACUAAUUGGAGCGGCGUCGGCACUUAGCCGGCUUCUACCCAACGUCGGUGGGCCGAAUGUGGGCUGCAGGAAACUGUACGCGGGUGUAGUGCGGUCUAUGGCCCUAUAUGGGGCGCCCAUUUGGGCCUUCUCCCUGACCGCCGAAAAUCAGGCCCAAUUGCGAAGGCCACAGCGUGUCAUGGCGGUCAGGAUGGUGAGGGCAUACCGCUCCGUCUCCUACGAGGCAGCGUGCGUGUUGGCGGGGACUCCGCCUUGGGACCUCGACGUAGCAGUGCUCGCUGAUGUUUAUUGGCGUGUCACUGAGGCGCGGGCCGAGGGGAUCCAACCACCUCUGGAGGAGGUCAGACGGUGGAGACUUGACUCCCGUCGAGUGCUCCUUCACAAGUGGAAUGAAAGGUUGGAGGCGCCAAGUGCCGGCCACUGGACUGACGAAGCCAUCCGACCCGUUCUGGAGCGAUGGGUCAAAAGAAAGGGGGGGUUCCUCUCCUUCCACCUUACCCAGGUCCUCUCGGGACACGGUUGUUUCGGGAGAUACCUGUGUAGGAGGGCGGGACGGGAACCAACGACGCAGUGCCACCACUGCGGCGACACUGAAGACACAGCGCUACACACGCUGGCUGGUUACCCAGCGUGGGCGGAGCAGCGGGCCGCACUCGUGGCCGCAGUGGGAAGAGACCUCUCCUUGCCAGCGGUGGUGAAAGCCAUGCUUGGUGGGGAGAGUCUAUGGAAGGCGGUGGCCUCUUUCUGUGAGGACGUGAUGGUGCAGAAGGAGGCAGGGGAACGCGGCAGGGAGGAAGAUCCGACCUCUCAGCCAAUGCGCCGCAAGCGCGUGGGGCGGCGGUGGUUGGCAUACGACCGCCGGUUACCCCCAUAA